CAGGCAUAAAAGGCCUGGCCAGGUGAAAGGCUCGCCACUCCUCUUGCCAUCCAGCUCCUCAAAUCAGUGUCACUUGCGUCCUCUGCCUGGACAUGACUUCCUACAGCUAUCGUCAAUCGUCUGCCACCUCAUCCUACGGGGGCCUGGGCGGUGGCUCUGUGCGCUUUGGGGCGGGUGGCACCUUCCGUGCACCCAGCAUCCACGGGGGCUCAGGAGGCCGUGGCGUGUCUGUGUCUUCUGCCCGUUUUGUGACCUCGUCCUCUUCUGGGGGCUUCGGCAGGGGUUUCAGUAGCGGCUAUGCGGGCACCCUGGUCAGCUCCGAUGGGUUGCUGGCGGGCAAUGAAAAGGUCACUAUGCAGAACCUCAACGACCGCCUGGCCUCCUACCUGGACAAGGUGCGCGCCCUGGAGGAGGCCAACGGAGAGCUGGAAGUGAAGAUCCGCGACUGGUACCAGAAGCAGGGGCCUGGGCCUUCCCGCGACUAUGACCACUACUUCAAGACCAUUGAGGACCUGAGGGACAAGAUUCUCGGUGCCACCAUUGAGAACUCCAAGAUUGUCCUGCAGAUUGACAAUGCCCGUCUGGCUGCAGACGACUUCCGCACCAAGUUUGAGACGGAGCAGGCUAUGCGCAUGAGCGUGGAGGCCGACAUCAACGGCCUGCGCAGGGUGCUGGACGAGCUGACCCUGGCCAGGGCCGACCUGGAGAUGCAGAUCGAGAACCUCAAGGAGGAGCUGGCCUACCUGAAGAAGAACCAUGAGGAGGAAACUAGUGCCCUGAGGGGCCAGGUGGGUGGCCAGGUCAGUGUGGAGGUGGAUUCUGCUCCAGGCAUCGACCUUGCCAAGAUCCUGAGUGACAUGAGAAGCCAAUAUGAAGUCAUGGCUGAGCAGAACCGGAAGGAUGCCGAAGCCUGGUUCAUCAGCCGGACCGAGGAGCUGAACCGGGAGGUGGCCGGCCACACAGAGCAGCUCCAGAUGAGCAAGUCCGAGGUCACUGACCUGCGGCGUACCCUCCAGGGUCUUGAGAUUGAGCUGCAGACACAGCUGAGCAUGAAAGCCGCCCUGGAAGGCACGCUGGCAGAAACAGAGGCUCGCUUUGGAGCGCAGCUGGCGCAGAUCCAGGCGCUCAUCAGCAGUAUCGAAGCCCAGCUGGGCGACGUGCGUGCUGACACCGAGCGGCAGAACCAGGAGUACCAGCGGCUCAUGGACAUCAAGUCGCGGCUGGAGCAGGAGAUCGCCACCUACCGCAACCUGCUUGAGGGCCAAGAGGCCCACUACAAUGACUUGUCCAGCCCCAAGAGCCUCUGAGUUGGCAGGCUUGUGGGCUCCUGCCCGCCUGCAGAGGGAUUCCCUGGGAAGAGCCUUGGGAGGAGAGGGACCCUUAUCUUGGUUUUCCCCUGAUCUGCCAAUAAAACUUUAUGAUCUGAGA